UGGUUAAUGUAGAGUGAGAAAUGAAGAGAGAGAAAGAAGGCGAGAGAAUGGUUUUUUUCGAUUUGGUUAACGUCGGAAAGUUGUAAAAGAAAGAGAUGGUUCUUUCUUUCCCAUUUUUUCUCUUUGAACAACCAAUAAGAAAAUCAGGGAAGAGAGAGAAAAAACAAGAGAGAUAGAUUUUGAGAUCAGUAAAGUCGUACAGUUUAAGAAUGAGAUGAGUUAAUCAUAGAGGGAGAAUCCAAACAGAAAAACACAUAUAUGAGGUAUAAAGAAGGGGGUGACCAUGAAUGCUUGAUGAAAGAAAGAGAGUUUCUAGGUUGAAGACUCUAUGAGCCUUCGAGAAAAAGUGAGGAAAGUGAAGAGAGAGAAAGAGAGAGAAGGUGGCUCCUUUCGGUUAGGCCACCUCUAUUGUGUACUGGGAAGCUAGGGAUACACAAGAUCGAAGUGGAAAAUCUCUCCUAACACCUUUUACCCAACAACUACACAGCCUCUAGAAGUCCUAGGUUUGUAUGUUCUUUCAAGAAUCUACGUACAGUUUACAUAUUUUCUUUACCCUACUUUCUUUCAUAUCUAUCUUAUACUGAGAGAGGGAGAGGGAGAGAUUAUACCAAAAAUAUCUUCCAAAUUUUGGUUCUGAAGGGAGAGUGGUGAUCACCAAUCUAAGUCUUGGAAAUUGCAGUUUUUUGGGUUUUUAUAGAUCAAAGGAGCAGAGAAAUGUGGGAUCUAAACGAUUGGCCUGAUCAGAGAAGAGACGAUGAAUCCGAAGGCUGUUCGUCACCGGUCGACGGCGACGACGACAAAGGUAAACAAGUAGGAUCUGUAUCGAAUUCGAGCUCAUCCGCGGUGGUAAUUGAAGACGGUUCAGAAGAGGAAGAAGACGGAGAAAGAGGAACAAGAAAACGUAGCAGUAUGAUAUUUGGGUUCUCGGUGAACGAAAACUGCUCAACGGAGAGUGAGCCGCCGGUGACUCGGCAGUUUUUCCCUGUGGAUGAGUCAGAAGUGGGGACUACAUCGGGUGGCUACUGCGGCGGCGGCGGUGGUGGGUCGUCUACUACUUUUCCUAGAGCUCAUUGGGUUGGUGUUAAAUUUUGCCAGUCGGAGCCUCAGGGCGGCGCUGUCGGUAGGUCUAUGGAGGGUCCACAGCCACUAAAGAAGAGCCGCCGUGGCCCUAGGUCUAGAAGUUCACAGUAUCGUGGUGUUACUUUUUACCGGAGGACCGGCCGGUGGGAGUCACAUAUAUGGGAUUGUGGAAAACAAGUUUAUCUGGGUGGAUUUGACACUGCCCAUGCGGCUGCACGUGCAUAUGAUAGAGCAGCCAUCAAGUUCCGGGGAGUGGAGGCAGACAUAAAUUUUUCUCUAGAAGAUUACCAGGACGACUUGAAACAGAUGACUAAUCUUACCAAAGAAGAAUUUGUUCAUGUACUUCGGAGACAAAGUACUGGGUUUCCAAGAGGAAGCUCCAAGUAUAGAGGUGUAACAUUGCACAAAUGUGGGAGAUGGGAAGCAAGAAUGGGCCAGUUCUUAGGCAAAAAGUAUGUGUAUUUGGGUCUCUUUGAUACUGAAAUUGAGGCUGCAAGGGCUUAUGACAAAGCUGCUAUUAAGUGUAAUGGCAAGGAGGCUGUUACUAACUUUGAUCCCAGCAUUUAUGAAAAUGAACUCAACUCUGAAUGUUCUGGGAAUGCAGCAUCAGACCACAAUCUCGACUUGAGUUUGGGUAGUUCGGCCUCAAAGAAAAGUAGUCGAGAAGUGAGGGAUGAUAGUCUCAGUGCAAUGGAUCAGGAUUCUACAGCGAUGCAAAUUGAAGUUGACUGGCGAAACCGUGGAUUUUGGUCCAAAGGACAAAAUCAAAAUGGCAUUGGUGCCUGCAGCAGAAGAGAUGGAUUUAUGGAGAAGGAAACAUUGCAGCUUCUGAGCCAAACACACCUCCAAUCUCCUGGCUCAGUAAAGGCCAAUGAAGUGCACAGAUAUGGACAAUUCAUGAAGGCAGGUGAACCCCAAAUGCUUCACAUGUUUCCACCACCCGUCAGCUCAGCAAAUUAUCAAAUGAGUCAGUUUCCAAGCAGCAGAAAUGGAGGUAUUAUUGGAGGAGCCAAUGGAGAAGAACUUUUUGUCUCCACAAGUGAUCAUCAACAAUGGCAAUCCAGUCCUCCUCAGUUAUUUGCAACUGCUGCAGCAUCAUCAGGAUUCCAACAGCAGAUAGUAAGACAACCUCAGAAUUGGCUGCAGAAAAAUGGGUUUCUCUCUUUAAUGAGACCCUCCUCCUGACCCUUCUUAAUUUAUUUUUCUGCUGUUCCCUCCACCAUUCUAAUUCUAAAUUUCCACUUUUUGUCAAGGCAUGUGAAAAAGUUGAGCUUUUUAAUUCUCAAAAGCUUGCCGGAGAGACAAGCCAUUAGUAUGUAACUAGGGGGUUCUUAAUUAGAACCAGAAAGGAAGGAAAAAGUAAAACAAAUGGAACCAUCUCUUUGUGAAAUUUUGGUCAUUGGAACGGGGAUAUGUCAAGCAGCAGAUAAUUCUGGGUUAUCUAAAAC